AUGAGUGGCAGGAAUGGGCAGGCUGACACCCGUACCUAUCAAUCCCUAGCCGAGGAUUGCCCCUUUGGCUCUGUGGAGCAACCCAAGAGAUCCACGGGGAGACUCGUCAUGCACAGCAUGGCCAUGUUCGGCCGAGAAUUUUGCUAUGCAGUGGAGGCGGCUUAUGUGAUGCCAGUUCUGCUCAGCGUGGGCCUGCCCAAGAGUUUGUACAGCAUGGUGUGGCUCCUAAGCCCCAUCUUGGGAUUCCUGCUGCAACCUGUAGUGGGAUCAGUCAGUGAUCACUGCAGGGCCAGGUGGGGCCGCCGGAGACCCUACAUCCUGACACUGGGCAUUAUGAUGCUCUUGGGAAUGGCCCUGUACCUCAAUGGAGAUGCUGUUGUAUCAGCUUUGGUUGCUAACCCCAAGAGGAAGCUGGUUUGGGCCAUAACCAUCACGAUGAUAGGUGUGGUUCUCUUCGAUUUUUCUGCUGACUUCAUUGAUGGGCCUAUCAAAGCCUACUUGUUUGACGUCUGCUCCCACCAGGACAAGGAGAAGGGCCUCCACUACCAUGCCCUCUUCACAGGUUUUGGUGGUGCCCUUGGCUACCUUUUGGGUGCCAUAGACUGGGUGCAUCUGGAAGUGGGAAGGCUGCUGGGCACCGAAUUCCAGGUCAUGUUCUUCUUCUCGGCCCUGGUGCUCACUUUGUGCUUUGUCAUCCAUCUGUGCAGUAUCCCUGAAGCCCCACUCAGAGACAGUGCACAAGACCCUCCCUCACAGCAGGUCUCCCAGGGCUCGUCCUUGUCAGCAGAUGGGAUGCACGAGUAUGGCUCUAUUGAGAAAGUUAAGCAUGAUGGCGCAGACCCAGAGCUGGUGAUGCAGGGAGGGAAAAACAAAAAAGCCACGGAACAGAGUCAGAGGGCAAUGUCAAUGAAGUCACUUCUAAGGGCAUUAGUGAAUAUGCCUUCCCAUUAUCGCUGUCUUUGCAUCAGCCACCUCAUUGGAUGGACUGCCUUCCUGUCAAACAUGCUCUUCUUCACAGACUUCAUGGGACAGACCGUCUACCACGGGGAUCCCUACAGUUCACACAAUUCCACGGAGUUUCUCAUCUAUGAAAGAGGAGUUGAGGUUGGAUGUUGGGGAUUGUGUAUCAACUCUCUGUUUUCUUCACUUUAUUCCUACUUUCAGAAAGCUUUGGUUUCGUACAUUGGAUUAAAGGGCCUUUAUUUCAUGGGAUAUUUGCUCUUUGGCCUGGGAACAGGAUUCAUAGGACUCUUCCCAAAUGUCUACUCUACCCUGGUCCUCUGUUCUAUGUUUGGUGUGAUGUCCAGCACAUUGUACACUGUGCCCUUUAACCUCAUUGCCGAGUACCACCGGGAGGAGGAGAAGGAGAAGCAGCAGGAAGCCCCUGGAGCUCCUGGCAGCAGUGGGAGAGGCAAAGGUGUAGACUGUGCUGCGCUCACCUGCAUGGUGCAGCUAGCUCAGAUCCUGGUUGGUGGUGGUCUGGGCUUCCUGGUCAACAUGGCUGGGAGUGUCAUCGUGGUGGUGAUGACAGCCUCUGCGGUAGCACUGAUAGGCUGUUGCUUUGUGGCCCUCUUUGUUCGAUAUGUCGAUUAG